UGCGUUCUGGGCUUUGGGGCUGGGAUUGCAGCGGUCGAAGCACAGUGAAAGCAGCCAAGGGCGGGGCUCUGGCAAGUUCCCCUUCCAACUUCCCCCACCCUUCUUUUCCAACCUCUGUACUGCCCUUAGCUUGAUUCCAGCCUUUGCUGCAGCUGCUCUCCAGCCGUUUGCAGGAUUCAAACUACAGAAGCUGUUCCCAAGAUGGUGAUCCGUGUGUAUAUUGCAUCUUCCUCUGGCUCCAUGGCGAUUAAGAAAAAACAGCAAGAUGUGCUUGGUUUCUUAGAAGCUAACAAAAUAGGAUUUGAAGAAAAAGAUAUUGCAGCCAAUGAAGAGAAUCGGAAGUGGAUGAGAGAAAAUGUACCUGAAAACAAUCGACCAGCCACAGGAUAUCCCCUGCCACCUCAGAUUUUCAAUGAAAGCCAGUACCGUGGGGAUUAUGAUGCCUUCUUUGAAGCCAGAGAAAAUAAUGCAGUGUAUGCCUUUUUAGGCUUGACAGCCCCACCUGGUUCAAAGGAAGCAGAAGCUCAGGCAAAGCAGCAAGCAUGAAUCUUAAAUAUUCUGCCUUAAGCAUCCUGAGAAAGGAGUCUCCAUUGCUUUUUAUAAAAUAGCAAAAUUAUCAUGGCUUCAAAAGAAAUAGGCUUAAUGUUGAAAUACUAGAUUAGUUGGUACUUUCACAUGCAAACAGUCAAAAUGAAUUCAUAAUUAAAAUGUUAGCAAUGUGAUGAGGAAUAUAGGAAAUGAACAUAAAAUUUUAAGUAGGUGCCAUGGAAUACUAUUGUCCGCUAAGGCAUUUUAUGUACUUCAGUGAUUUUAAAAAGCAAGCACCUGUUCCCUUUUUCGGUAUUAUUAUUGCAGUUUAAUUAUAUCUGUAUCUCUACAUUGAGCAAUUUUAAAAGGCGAGUGAGAAUUUGUCUCUUGUUCCCAAAUUGCCUCAUUAAUUUUAGUGAGCAAAAGUCUGUACCUUUUUAGUGUGAAUUAUUGUGACUAAAAAGUAGUUGCAGAUAAUGUUUAUGAUAUGUCAUACAUUGUAAUUUCCUGUGGUAUUUAUAACAUUCCCGUUCCUUUGUAGUUAAAAAUUUAAAAAAAUAAUUAUAUGUACUGAAUCACAGGUCUUCUAGGCUUCUAAAUGUAGCCUUUCAUUGCAUAUUUCAGUGACCGGAACAGAUAACCUCCCACAAAAAAAUGAUGUAUUCAGUUGAAAAUUUCUUGCUUAACUAAACACUUUUCAUGCAAUCAUGUUGCUAAGCUGCUUGCCCUGGAGAAAUAUGUAUAUGUAUGUUAUGGAAGUGGGAUGGCAAAUAAGUUUAAAAUGGCCUCCUUUCACAAAGAACUCAGACUUUUAAUUAACUUUUAAAAUAGAUUGGAAAUGAGUUUCCCCUUUUAAAACAACUUAUGAUCAUGAAUGCCACUAUCUCUGAUGUAUUUGACAUUUUUGUUUCAGCUUAUUGUAUGAGUGCAUUAAUCUAAGCAGAGAGAAUCUUUUCUCUGCCUCUAUUUCCGUGAAUACCGUAAGUAUCAGACAAAAGGAUCAAUUUUUUUAAAUAUUAAUUUUGAAAACUUCUUAGAAGACAAGAAACAUUAUGGCCUACAUCAGCCAGAAGACAUGUAUAUUGUACUUUAGUUCCACACUACUAUUGUACUUUGGUUCCACAUUACUGAAAGCAAACACAUUUUACUUUAAAUUACUUUAUCACAUCAUUUGAUGUAUGCAAGUCUGUGCUCUUUGCCAAAAUCAACAUAUAAUGAAGACAUGGCUUUGUUUACUGAAAUUCAAACUUGCUGCAAUGUUUUAAAAUAAACUCAGUACUUUCAAAAACAUAA